GAAGCUUCUGAAGUCUAAAGCUGUUCCAGCGCUUUAUGUAGACACGUGCAGCGUGCUGUGUUCGCUGUUAUCUUGUUCUUUCUCUAACCCUACCGCCAUCGUGAAUAUCGAUUUCUGCGUAUAAUGCCUGCGUACGACGUUAGGGAUUCUAGCAUUGCGCUUAUAGGCUCCGAUCUUGAAAGACGCGUCCGCGAGCACGCUGGCGCUAAGGAAUCAGCUUGGGUGAAAGCUGGUGUGAUACCUGGUUUUCAGAUCUGGAGGGUAGAGAAGUUUGCUAUCAUCGAUUGCAGUGACUGGGUGGCGCAUGAGAAGAAUUAUGGGACUUUCUACGAUGGCGAAUCAUACAUUGUCUUGCAUACGUACCGACCUGAUGGCAAGGACCAGGCACUCCGCUACGAUCUGCAUUUCUGGCUAGGAGAAUAUACGACUCAGGAUGAAGCUGCCAUGGCUGCAUUCAAGGCCGCUGAGCUCGACGAACACCUCGGAGGCAAAGCGACACUAUACCGCGAAAUCCAAAACCACGAAUCCCCUCGAUACAAAUCCUAUUUCCCACACUUCAUGAUCUUGCAUGGCGGGGUAUCGACGGGACAUCACAGUGUCCUCACGAUGUUGCCUGAAGAUGAGAAGAAGAUGUACACGAUGGUUACGACGCGGCACAAGGUGCUCAAGACACGAUCAGCGGACGGGAAGCAGCUUAUAGUGCGCGAAGUACCUCGCGAGGGGUUAGUUAUGCUCCAGGGAGUCGUCUAUGUACUCGACAAAGGUCCCCUCUUCUGGCAAUUUAACACGAAGAAGAGUACUGCUUGGGCGAGGUACAAGUCAGCUGAGUACAUGAUGUAUAUGGGACAGUGGAGGGUUCCUCAGGCUAAAUUUCAAGUGUUUGACGAGGGGACUUCGGACGAACAAGAGUUCCUUCAAGCAGCAGGAAUCACGUCUCCUGUAAAGGACGUGCCGUUACCGCCUGACGAAGGGAGUCCGAUCGAUCCCCCGGUGUUGUACAAACUGAACGAGGAUGCCAAUGGCGGGCACGUCGUCGCUGUCGCUGCAGAGAGGACUUCACUUCAGUCUGAUGGUGUUUUCAUCUUGGAUGACCAUGCAUUCCCAGCGGUUUACACCUGGCUGGGGAAGAACGUACCAGAGCCUCAACGAAGACUCGCGCUGCAGUACGCUCAAAACUACCUAAAUGAUAAACAUGCGAAGGAGGGAGAGCAUGUGGAAGUAGCAACUACUUUGGUGAAGGUUAACGAAGAAGUGGAGCCAGCUUCAUUCUUGGAGGCAUUUAAUCCGAGAACCCUGUGAAGCAGGGGAGUGCCUAGUUUUCAUUCUACGAUGAGAUAGUGUACAUAUAACUAGUAUAAGUGUCGACAUGUCCAACAAUGUAUGACAACCUGU